AUGUAUAAGUGUGUUAAGACAAGGCUGCUGACGGGCCGCGUGGAGAGCAUCGUCCGAGGGAGCCAGCCGGACCUCAACCAGCUGGAGGACGACGACCCCUUCGAGUGGGACCCGAUCCCGACGCCCAAAGGACCCCACUUCCACCCGGACUCCCCCAGGCACAUCGCCGCGGCCGUGGGCUCCCCGGCGCUCAUGCCCUGCCGAGCGCGGAACCUUGGGGCCAAGUCGGUGUCAUGGAUCCGUCACCGCGACCUGCACGUCCUCACUGUCAAUUCCUUCACCUUCACGAACGACGAGAGGUUCUCCGCGCACCGGGAUCACGUGACUGGCGACUGGGUGCUGGUUCUACGUCGCCCUCAACCCUCAGACUCGGGGUUCUACGAGUGCUCCAUCUCCACCAAGCCCGUCACUGCUCUCUCGGUCAAGCUGGAGGUCGUGGUACCCACCACCGAGCUCCUGGGCGACGGGCACGUGUACCUGGACAAGGGCAGUACACUUAACCUCACCUGCGUGGUACAUUCGAGUCCCACUCCGCCAGAGUUUAUUCUCUGGUACCACCGAGAGAAGCUGGUGAACUAUGGGCGUCGCGAGGGGCGCCUCAUCGCCGUCAACACCCAGCACAGCGGCGACACAACGCGCUCGUCUCUGCUCGUCUACAACGCCUCCGUCUGGGACUCCGGGAACUACUCGUGCAAGCCUUCCAACUCCAGGAAGGUCUUCAUCAGCGUGCACGUCCUGGAGAGUGAGACGCCCGCCGCCAUGCAGACCACGACCAGCGCCGGCGCACUCGGGCCUCUAAGCCACCCUCUCACCUUCAGCGUGGCUUUAGGGACCUCAUCCGGGCCGUGGAUCCCUUCGUCAGCCGAGUCGACCCGCGGAAAAGGGCGAAGACUUGAAGAUCUGGACUGCGAAGGGCAUUUGCAGAUCGGCGCAGUAGAGCGGCUGAGAAAGCUGGCUCCUGUGAUACGAGGAAGCUGGUUCUUGCGACCGAGAAGAGUUUCAAGGAAGGAGGUUCUCUUAAGGCUACAGUUUGCACAGCGACGUCUGCCAAAUUCAAAACCUGAAAUGUUUAUUGAAUUAAUUAUCAGAUUCCGAGACCUUUGUUCUGCUCAAUAUGUAACAGGAAAUCCGGAGCAAGAGGUUCGGAAUAUCAUCUGCUUCGCGCUGGCUGUUGACUCAGGGUUCGCGUAA